UGGAUUGCCGUUGUCCCUCGGACUGAUGGGAGUGUAACACCCGUAAGGUGCAACCUUGAAAACAGUCUGUUUUGAUUAGAACACUAACUAUGUGAUAAAGUUAAUAUUUACACGGGUCGGAAUGUGUAAAUGCAGCUAACUGCUGGCUAGUUGAGAACACAGCGCCUGUUAAACUAGCAGGAGAGAUAAACGUGUCUCACCUCUCAGUCCACAGUCACUGUCCACAGCUCGAGGCACAGGCAGUAAUGUGGAGCUGGUUAGCAAAUAAAAGGAAAACACUACAGUGAAUUUAACUAUUCAUUGCUUUAGCCUGUCUGUAAUCUGGGAGGAAGAUGAGCGGUCAUAAAAUGCUGUUAUCCGGGUUGAAGUGGACUUCAGGAAGAAGAAUCCGGAUAAGUCGGCUUCAUGAUGGUAUAAAUGGGAAGGCACCUUUUUCCUCUUGUACCCCAAAAGUGUGUAUUGUUGGAGGCGGGCCAGCAGGUUUCUACACAGCACAGCAUUUGAUCAAGGCCCGUCAAGAUGUUGAGGUGGACAUUUACGAGCGGCUGCCCGUCCCCUUCGGACUGGUCAGGUUUGGGGUGGCCCCCGAUCAUCCUGAAGUCAAGAACGUCAUCAACACAUUCACACAGACAGCCAAACAUUCACGGUGUAGUUUCUAUGGUAAUGUGAAUGUGGGGAAGGAUGUGAGCGUUGGAGAGCUGAAACAAGCCUACCAUGCAGUCAUACUGAGUUACGGGGCAGAGGGAAACAGGAGUAUGGGGGUGCCAGGAGAAGACCUGGCCGGUGUGUAUUCUGCCAAAGACUUUGUUGGCUGGUACAAUGGCUUGCCAAGCUGUCAAGAGCUGAGUCCAGACCUGAGCUGUGAAACAGCAGUCAUUCUGGGACAAGGCAACGUAGCCUUGGAUGUCGCAAGAGUCCUCUUGUCCCCUGUUGACAUUUUAAAGAAGACUGACAUCACCCAGUCGGCCCUGGAAGCUCUGGCAGCGAGCCGGGUCCGCAGGGUGCUCAUCGUUGGCCGGAGAGGACCCACACAAGUCGCAUGUACAAUCAAGGAAGUCAGAGAAAUGGUGAACCUGCCGGACACCAGACCUGAGAUGGUGGUGGCUGAUUUUGAGGGUGUCAAAGAGGCUCUUAAAGAUUUGCCGAGGCCCAGGAAGCGUCUGACGGAGCUGAUGUUGAAGACAGCCCUAGAGAUCCCCGGAGAGAAGGAGCAAGAGAGGAGAAACAAGUCCUCACGUAUCUGGGGCUUUAGAUUCUUCCGGAGCCCUGUGGAAAUACUGGCCGACCCCGACCACAGCAGGACAGCUGGCAUCCGAUUGGCGGUCAACAGGCUGGAGGGCUCAGGCGAGGCGGCCCGGGCAGUGCUCACUGGGGAAGUGGAGGAUGUGGCCUGUGGCCUGGUCAUCAGCAGUAUCGGCUACAAGAGCCUCCCGAUCGAUCCUUCAGUGCCGUUUGACUCCCGCAAAGCCAUCGUCCCCAACAACAUGGGCCGCAUUCAACAAGCUGCAGGUCUGUAUUGUAGUGGCUGGCUGAAAACUGGCCCCACUGGGGUGAUAGCCACCACUAUGAACAAUAGUUUUGACACAGCGCGAUCCCUGGUGGAGGACAUGGACGCAGGAACGUUGGACGUAUUGGCUGCCAAGCCUGGUUCACACAGCAUCAGUUCUCUACUGGAGAAAAGAGGAGUGAAACCAGUGACUUUCUCUGACUGGGAGAAGAUUGACAGUGUGGAGACGCAGAGAGGCGAAGCUGCUGGGAAACCCAGAGAAAAACUACUGACUGUGGAGGAAAUGCUGCAGGUGGCUCGAAAAUAACCGAAGACAAGAAGCUUCACACUGAGUUGCCGAAGCAAAAAAGAGGCAUUUGUUGCCAUACUGAUGGGGAUCAAUGACUGACUACAAUGGGCACAGAAAAGAAAUGACAUGAUGGCAUUAUGAAUCACUCAACAUGGCUUUAACCAAUAUGUUUCUCACUGUACACAUGCAAAGCUGCACUGCAUAAAAGGUGUGUCCAAAAUCAGAUAAAAACACUAAAUCUGAGGGAAAUUAUCUUGCUGCAUGGACAGAUGAUUUCACUUGACAAGAUUUCUUAAAUUAAGAUUAUGUUGAACACUUAAAAUAAGAAAUUAACUCUUAAAACAGGAUAAAUUAAAGCUGCAAGCAGCGAUGAACUGGCCCAAGCAGAGUGCACUGACAAUUAUUUGUUUCUUACCAAGAUAUAAAAAACUUUAGAUUCAGAAGUGUUAGAUCAUUUAUCUUGAUUUAAGAGUUAAUUUCUUAUUUUAAAGGUACAACAUGCUUAUUUCUUGAUUUGAUCUCUUAAUUUAAGAAAUCUUGUCAAGGUAAAUUAUCUGUCCAUGCAGCAAGAUCAUUUCCCUCAGAUUUAGUGUUUUUAUCUUGUUUUUAGACACACAUUUUUUGCAGUGUAGACGGUGCUGUAGUUUACCCAUAAAGUCUUUGUCUCAGUGUCUCAAUGUUUGUACCUUGUUCAUUAGUAUCAGUCUGAAGAUCUGAAAGACUGAGCUGUGGUUUCCUGUUGCCCUCUCCUCCAAAAGCAGAACUCUCUCACGGAUGCUAUAAAUAAUGAACUUAUUGCGAAAUGUUAAACAGUAAAACUGUGUGGUGGCUGAAUCAUGUUUUUGCACUAAUGAUAUAUACCAUCUUGAAUAUAUUUUAUACAAAAUAAAAUGUGUCUUAUAUCCUUUUAUUCCUGUCUUUCUGCGUUUUAGGAUGAUUUUAAGUGCCCAUGACUGACAGGGGCCCUCAAAAUAUUAGAACAUCGUUAAAAAAAGAAGUCAAUAUUAUAUUCUUAACCUGUCACCUUAAAAUAAUACUUUUCUUCACAGUUUGCUAGUAAAGUUAACUGUUUCUUCUUCUUUCUUUAAAAAAAAACCCCAAACCUAACAUUCAGACAGCCUUUGUAUUUUCCCUUGAGAUUUUAUUUUUUCAUUCUUAUUAAAAUUAUCGAAUUCUUUUCAAUGAUAAGAUUUCAAGAAAUAUAAUUAUUUUUCCACACAAUGAUCCUAAGAUGACAAAAAACUGUCUACAGUUCAGAUUGGAUGCUGUUGUGGUUGUUAUUCGAAGUAAUAUAUCUUUACUUUGUAUGAAAAUCUUAUUUUGUUCUUAUGUUGCAUUAUUUUACAGGUAGGAGUGUGAAUUUAUUUUAAUAGAAAAAAAAAAUCUAUGUUAACUUAUAUUUAGUUUAAGAUAUACAUUGAACAGAAUUUACUAAUUAAAAUGUUACCAUUAAAAUUACCUUCAAACUGUAAAAGAUUGCCUUCAGCACAUUUUAUAUCAGUUUUGCAUCAACUUGUAUAAUAAAUUAAAUGCAGAAUGUUG